UCCUAAACUAGUUCUAGUUUAGUUGUGGAGAAGAAAGAAAGAGUAAACGAGAGACUAAAACAGUGUGAUGAAUUUAUGGAGUCUGACAUUUUUAAAGUUUUCCUGCUGGCGAUUAAUAUCCAUAAAAUUGCCACACCACUGAUGUGACACAGCAGGAAAUCGUUGAAGAUUUGACUAUAUAAUUGAAAGCCAGCUAAAAAUUGAACCCUAUUGAAAGUCAAAGUCAACUUUCCAUCUUUGCUAUUCAGUGAAAUUGCCCAAUUUUAGUUUCCUCUUCAAGUUCUGGGUUCAUCAACUGAUUAGGGUCUUAUUUGGGGUUUUUUAUUUGGGGGUUUGAUGAUGAAGAAAUUAGGGUUUGUGUUUGCUGUUUUACUGAGCUAUUUGGUAGUAGAAAUUGAAUCAAUUUGCAGUAGAGGUUGUGAUUUGGCUUUAGCUUCAUACUAUGUUCUGCCAGGUGGGACUAUUUCUGUAAUAGCAGAUUACCUAGACAGUUCACCUGCUGAUAUUGUGAGCUAUAAUCCCGAACUCCCAAGUGCAGAUAGUGUUCAAGAUAAUACGCGGAUUAAUAUCCCGUUUUCGUGUGAUUGUAUUGAUGGGGAUUUUCUAGGUCAUGUUUUUAGUUACCGGAUUCAGACUGAUGAUACUUAUGUUUCGAUAGCUGGAACGCGAUAUGCCAAUCUUACUACACCUAGUUGGAUUGAGAGCAACAAUAACUAUACACCAACUAACUUACCCCCUGGUGGUGAUCUUAAUGUGACAGUUAAUUGUUCUUGUGGGAACAGCAGCGUCGUCAUUAUGGUGUUGUUAUCUUCCGUUCUUUCUCCGCUUCGUCCUGGUGAUAGUUUAAGUUUUGUUGCUCAGCUGACGAAUGUGAGUGCCAGUUUGUUGCAGAGGUAUAAUCCUGGUGCAGACUUCAGUGCUGGAAAUGGGCUUGUUUUUAUUCCUGGUCGAGACAGAAAUGGAAAUCAUCCACCGUUGACAUCAGGUUCGAGCCCAGGUGGCUCAGGCUCCGCCUCCUCAGGAGUCUCUCCUGGAGCCAUAGCCGGUAUAUGUGUGGCUGUUGGACUGAGUUUGUUGUUAGUUGGUUGGUAUCUUGUCUACAUAAGAAGAAAGAAGAAGAAAGAGACCUUACUCCAGCCAUCACAAAGUGAAGAUGUAACUGGACAAUCUGGAGGUGUGACAGUUAAUCCUAAGCAUCCUGGAGUAGCAGUCGACAAGUCAGUGGAGUUUCCAUAUGAAGAGCUUGCACAUGCUACUGAUAAUUUCAGCUUAGCUAACAAAAUUGGUGAAGGUGGUUUCGGAGCUGUUUACUAUGGGGAGCUAAGAGGCGAGAAAGCAGCCGUCAAAAAGAUGGAUAUGCAAGCAACAAGAGAAUUUCUUGCUGAGCUGAAGGUCUUGACGCAUGUUCAUCACUUGAACUUGGUCCGCUUGAUUGGGUACUGUGUUGAGGGUUCUCUUUUCCUGGUGUAUGAAUAUAUCGAAAAUGGUAACUUAAGUCAACAUUUGCGUGGUUCAGGAAAAGCUGCCCUGCCAUGGCAUGCCAGAGUACAAAUUGCUCUUGAUUCAGCAAGAGGUCUUGAAUAUAUUCAUGAGCACACUGUACCUGUCUAUAUUCAUCGUGAUAUUAAAUCUGCUAACAUAUUGAUAGAUAAUAAUCUCCACGCAAAGGUUGCAGAUUUUGGACUGACAAAACUAGCUGAGGUUGGAAAUGCGUCUUUACCAACUCGUUUGGUGGGUACAUUUGGAUACAUGCCUCCAGAGUAUGCCCAGUUUGGUGAUGUAUCUCCCAAAGUAGAUGUUUUUGCUUUUGGUGUUGUUCUCUUUGAGCUCGUAUCAGGCAAGGAAGCUGUGGUAAAGGGAAACGGAAGUGUUCUGCAACCACAAGGCCUUGCUACUUUGUUUGAGGAUGUUCUUCGUCAGUCUGAUCCAAGCAGCAUAUCCAAACUCAUCGAUCCAAGACUGGGAGAAGAAUACCCUCUUGACUCUGUUCUCAAGAUGGUAGAGCUUGCAAGAACAUGCACGCAAGAUAAUCCCGAGCUUCGACCGAGCAUGAGAUCAGUUGUUGUUGCUUUGAACUCCUUCUCAUCAACCACAGAAACAUGGGAUAUAGGUUCGUUUUAUGAGCAUGGCCUUAAGAACCUUGCGUCUGGAAGAUAGUUAGAAAUGGACUAUGCUAACAUAACAACUUCUAGUUCUACCUAUUCUUUUCUGAUGUAUAUGAACAAGUGAUGUAGAUAAAAUGGUUGUGGUUUGGUGGCUCUUUUACUUACCUUUUUGUUAAUCCUUUUUUCUGCCUUUUAUUCUCUGAAGUACAAUGAAAAGAAAGAAAAAGAUUUCUGAUUGUGUGCUUCUAACUCAAA